AUGUAUAAUAUUCUCCUACUCAUUUGCAUUAUUACGGUUAUUUAGUCUAAACUCAAAGUUAUCAGGCCAUAAAACCUAAUUAAUGAGUACAUUGAUUAUAGUAUAGCCAAUUUUGGGUAUUUUGUUGUUGUCUAUAAAAACUAGAAUUAUACCAUUUGGACAUCGUUUGAUGGGAAUAGUAGACUUGGCUUAUCCACAAAAUGGAUGUAGUGAGCUUCGACCUACUUAUGGAGCUCAUUUUAUCUUAAUUGAACGAGGGAACUGUACCUUUGUCACUAAAGUCAAGAAUGCUGAGAAAGCUGGUUAUUAAAUGGCAAUCAUCGGGAAUUACAAUGACGAUAAAAUGUUAUCUGAUUUUACUAUGGCUGACGAUGGUUAGGGAUAUUAAGUUUAUAUUCCAAGUUUUAUGCUAGGUAUCGAUCCCAUCCGUAUUCAUCAAAAAAAAGCAUUUCGAUAUUUUAAAAUAGAAUGCUCAGUCCUAUAAAGUGGAGGACCCAAAUGAUUUUAAGAUCAUGAUGCUUUUAAAAUUUGAUGUUGUCUAAUCUGAUAAAGUCUCUGUGAUUUUUGGAUUGAAUAUUCAAGAUCGAGAAUCUUUCAGAAUUGUCGAUGAAUAUUAGCCAUAUUACUAAAAAUUAAAAGAUCAAGACGUCAAUUACACUCUUGUAUAUUUUAUGAUGAGUUUUAAUGAAACUACUUCAGGUAUUACUCAAAAGGAUGCUGAUUGCAUUUGCUCAAAUAGAUAUUGUGUGUUUGAUCCUGAUGGUUAUGGCAUUGGAACUGGUAGAGAUGUAGUCUAUGAGAUUUUAAGAUAAACAUGCAUAUUCUAAAAAUACCCAGAUAAAUGGUUUUAGUAUAUGGUAAUAAUUCUAACUAUUUACAUAGGACGAAUUCAAUUUCAAAUGUGCUAAGCCUUAAGCAUACUCUGUUUGUAGUCAAUAAAUCAUGGAAACACAAGGGAUCCCUAAAACUGAAAUUCAAAAUUGUUUUGAUGAAUCUUUUGUCGACAAAAAUACUUCACAACCAACCAAAAAUGAAACUAAUGCUAUCAAUAUAUUGCUAGAAAACUAGUUGCACAUAUACUAAGUUUCUGGAAUAAAUGUAUUUCCAGCUGUUCUAGUCAACUCUAUGGCUUACAAAGGUUAAUUCUCAGGAUAAGGCAUUUUUGGAGAGAUUUGCAAUAGUAAUUCUACCAUUUCAUCGUAGGCUUUUUAACACCACCACCUGAAUGUAGUUCAGAAAUUGAAGGCUAUUCACCUCCGGUUCUAGAUUAAUCUAUUACUUUAUAUUUAUUGAUUCUAGCCGCAUUUGUUGUAUUGUUCUUUUUACUUGGCUUCUGCUUAUUUAGAAAAAUGAUCAAAAGUGAUGGUGAAAGAGUCACUAAACCUUAAGUGAAUGAGAUGGUGAGUUAAUACAUUAAGUUUUAUGAAGGUAAAGACAAACAAAAGGAAGGUUCUAUCUGA